ACGCAGGUGCUGAGAGUUUGAAGAGAACCCUCGGCAGCCCCACCCCACGCACGUGUUACAGUUAUUUUCUAUCAGAAUUCUGCAUGUUUGCCUGUGGAUCGUGUUCAGCUGUUUUACAUGUAAAUGCAGAAUCGUAUCCAUUUGAGGAUCACAAUACUGCUUACCCAGUUUAAUGCUGGUGUGGGAGUGACAGGUGGCUAUGGGCGAAAGGGAGAUGGACAGACACACUGCUUUUCUGGAUGACUUUUGGCAAGCCCCUUCUGGUGCUAGUUUCCUCUUUUUUAAAGUGAGGGUUUGGAUUGUAGUUUCCAAAUUCGCCUGCGGUGUGUGAAUUUGUGGGGGGAAGGGUGUCUUUAAAAAUUCAGGUGCUUGGGGGUGGAGUGCAGGCUUUUGGGGUUUUGCAGGCUGGCCAGCUGCUUCUAGCAUAGCCAGGCGUGGAGACUCUGGGCUGGACCGCAUCAUCUCAACCGGCCAUCCCAGCUUUAACCCUCCACUUCCUCUCUAGGACCUGGUGUUAAACGUUACAAUGGAAACUUGAAAACAAUAAGGAGGGAUGCUGCUGUGAAUCACUGUGCAGAGAGCAAAUAUCUGCAUCUGGGGCAGAGCCUGGGCAGUGGCCCUCUCUGCCCCACCGCUGACUCCCAGGUCUUUGCUUUGUGGAGACGGGAUGGACAGAUUCCUGGUGAAGAGGGCUCUAGGGGGCCUUGUGGGAAAGAGGGAGCAAGAGCACACAGGGGGAGGCCCAACAGAGUUGAGAGAAACGGAGGAAGGCACCAGGAAAAGGCUCAGGAGAGAAACCCCCGGGCAUGGUGGUGACCUGUCAGGCCUCCGCUGGCGACACAUUCGAUCCGAGGGCCUGGACUGUGACUACACAGUCCUGUUUGGCAAAGCCGAAGCGGACGAGAUUUUCCACGAGUUGGAGCAAGAAGUGGAGUAUUUUACAGGUGCACUGGCCAAGGUGCAGGUGUUUGGGAAGUGGCACAGCGUGCCAAGGAAGCAGGCGACGUACGGCGACACUGGGCUGACCUAUACAUUUUCAGGCCUUACUCUGUCUCCAAAGCCUUGGAUCCAAGUUCUAGAGCGAGUCCGGGAUCGUGUUUCUUUGGUGACUGGACAGACCUUCAACUUUGUGCUUGUUAACAGGUAUAAAGACGGCCGUGACCACAUCGGGGAGCACCGCGAUGACGAAAGAGAACUGGCUCCUGGGAGCCCCAUCGCCUCCGUCUCCUUUGGGGCCUGCAGAGACUUCUUCUUCCGGCACAAAGAUUCUCGGGGGAGAAACCCCGCCCGGAACGUGGAGGUGGUCAGGCUUCAGCUGGCCCACGGGAGUUUACUGAUGAUGAACCCCCCGACCAACUCUCACUGGUAUCACAGUCUCCCCGUCCGCAAGAAGAUUCUGGCUCCACGUGUCAACCUGACCUUCCGUAAAAUUCUGCCUACUAGGAAGUAAAAGUGUUUUUCAGUUAGGACUUCUGGUUUCUCCUUCCCUCUCUACUUGAAGAUGGGAGCUGGCAUUUCCUUUACCAACAAGAAAUGGAAAGGUUUCACAUUCCAUAACAAUGCAGAAUUCACAAGAUGUUUAUAUCAGAUCAGUCAAUUACGAAGGAAUAGGCCUGGCCAGGGCAGCUCAGCUGGUAGAAGAAUGUCCCUUAUGCCGAAAGGUCCCCAGUUUGAUUCCUAGUCAGGGCACAUG